ACCCUCCCUUGCGGGUUCAGUUUAUCGCGUCCCACCUAAAAGCUCAUCAGCGACCGAAGGUUCUCGACGCCCUCCUGCUGCUCUCCGCUCUUCUUCUCCGUUUCUCCGCCAAGGUUAGUCUCUCUCUCUCUCUCUCUCUCUCUCUCUCUUUCUCCAAUGGAGGAAUCCGCCCAUUUCCAAACCCUAGCCUCUUACCCCCAAACCCUCGAUCCCUCCAAUCCAUCGCUCCAAACCCGAGAUCGCCCUCCCUCUUUCGAAACCCUCGACCCCCGCAACCACUUCCCCCCUCUCCCACCCCCCGAAAACGCACCUCCUAUACCGCCGUCCGACCAAGCCGAUGGCCGGUCUCCCUCCUCUGCCGCUGCCGCGGAGAGGCCGCUGGUCUUAGAGAACGGCCGGGCCGCCGUGACCCACAGCGGCACCGACAAGGAUGUGUCCGGCGGGGAGGAGGAGAUCAACAGCCGGCGCCGCCGCCGCCGCAGCCGCUGGGACCCUCCGGCGGAGUCCGGCGACAGCGCCGGCGAUGGAUCUGGUGGCGGCCGGAAGCGGAAGACCCGGUGGGCCGACGAGGAGCCCAAGCCAGUCGGCCAGCUCCCCGACUUCAUGAAGGACUUCGCCGCCGACCUCGACCCCGAGGUCCAGGCCCUCAACUUAAGGCUUCUUGAAAUCAACCGGCUUCUUCAAUCCGGCAUGCCCCAAGAUGACCGGCCUGAGGGCGCCCGCUCCCCCUCCCCGGAGCCAAUCUACGACAACAUGGGCAUCAGGAUCAAUACUCGGGAGUAUCGGGCAAGGGAGCGGCUGACGAAGGAGCGGCAGGAAAUCAUCUCCCAGCUCAUUUGCCGGAACCCAGCGUUCAAGCCCCCAGCCGACUACCGCCCUCCCAAGCUCCAGAAGAAGCUCUACAUCCCCAUGAAAGAGUAUCCAGGCUACAAUUUCAUCGGCCUUAUCAUUGGGCCCAGGGGCAACACCCAGAAGAGGAUGGAGAAGGAGACUGGCGCCAAGAUUGUGAUCCGGGGCAAAGGGUCCAUCAAAGAAGGGAGAUUGCAGCAGAAGAGGGAUCUGAAGCCGGAUCCGUCAGAAAAUGAGGACUUGCACGUGUUGGUCGAGGCCGAGACUCAGGAGUCUUUGGAUGCUGCUGCUGCAAUGGUGGAGAAGCUUUUGACGCCGGUCGAUGAAGUACUGAAUGAGCACAAGAGGCAGCAGCUGAGAGAGCUCGCUGCGCUUAACGGAACCAUCAGAGAUGACGAGUUUUGUAGGCUGUGUGGCGAGCCCGGGCACCGACAGUAUGCCUGCCCUGCUCGAACUACCACCUUUAAGAGCGAUGUCCAGUGUAAGAUCUGUGGCGAUGGAGGGCAUCCCACGAUUGAUUGCCCCAUGAAAGGAUCCGGGAAGAAGAUGGACGAUGAGUACCAGAAUUUCUUGGCCGAGCUUGGUGGGACGGCUCCAGAGUCUCUAACCAAGCAGAGCUCGACAUUAGCUAUUGGUUCGGGCUCUUCAGGGAGCAAUCCACCUUGGGCUGGUGGUAGUGGUGCUGGGGCCGCGGCAGGCACUGGAGCGGCCAAUGGGAUCAAGAAGGAAUACGACGAGACAAACUUGUAUAUAGGAUAUCUGCCGCCUACUCUCGAUGAUGAUGGAUUGAUCAGACUAUUCUCUUCAUUUGGGGAUAUUGUGAUGGCUAAGGUUAUCAAGGAUAGGACCACUGGACUGAGCAAAGGCUAUGGCUUUGUGAAGUAUGCAGAUGUUUCUAUGGCUAAUGCUGCAAUUGCUGCUAUGAAUGGAUAUCAUCUAGAAGGCAGAGUUAUAGCUGUAAGAGUAGCAGGGAAGCCUCCUCAGCCGGCUGUGACCCCUGGUCCUCCCGCUUCUGUGGCACCUACAUUUCCUUCUCAACAGUAUAUGGCUGGUGGGCCUGUUGCAAACCCUCCACCACCACCUGGUAGCUAUGCACCAGUUCCGUGGGGUCCCCCGGUCCCCUCUCCAUAUGCUCCAUAUCCUCCACCACCAGGUUCAAGCAUGUAUACCCCUGUUCAAGGCCAGUCUGUGCCGCCUUAUGGUGUGCAGUACCCUCCUCCGGCACAGAAUGUUCCUCCUGGCACUGCACCUCAAACUUCAACUUCAAGGGAAUCAGUGCAGAGUUAUCCUCCUGGCGCGCAAUCACAGAGCACUACCACACCAGUCCAGCCUGUGCAGAACAGUGUCUACAGCAGUACUGUUGCUCCAAGUGUUCCUCCAAUGUAUCCGCCUCCACCUCCUUAUGGGUAUGCACCUUAUUACUCGGCAGUUCCACCGCCAGUACUGCCUCCAACUGUUGAUCCCACUCAGAGCAUCGCAAAUGCACCAUGGGUCUCCAAUCCACCGGCGCCCCAGCCUGCUUCAACUGCAGAACAAUCAGUAACUGGGGGUGCUGACACGGAGUAUGAGAAAUUCAUGUCAGAGAUGAAGUGAUGUCGACUAUCAUGCAUUUUGCUUCUGCACUGAAAGGCUUGAGGUUUCUUGGAGCUAUUGUCAACCUGAUUUAUUUCUUCUUGCUCACCUAGUUGGAAGUUUGGGACUCACAUGUUUAACCUUGCUGUACUCUUAUGACCAUUGCAGAGACUGCUGGGCCAAAAAACUGAUCAAUUUCAAAGUGGCAAAUUUAUGUACUUGAUACAUCUGUUUCUUGACAGUUACAAUUGUUCUGUGGUUUUGGAUUUCUUUCUCAUGCAGAGGGGUUUUCUGCAACCAGUGCGUGAAGAUGCUAGUCUUCUCCCUGUCUGCUCUCAUCUGGAAAUUCUUUAGGGGCUGCUUACUGGUUAUUUCAUGAUGUUUCUUAUAUGAGAUCUGUUAUAUGACUUUGUUCUGUGGCUGAUUAUCUAGUUCUCUAACUGUUUAAUAUUUCAUUACUAUCAAUGUUGCUAUCAUCUUGGUGUGCUAUUAUAUACAUUUUUGAAUGGGUGGAUGCUCGCUGAUGUUUCUGGCCAUCACUCUUCGGAGAAACCCUUCUGGCUAUACUGUUAUCAGAGUGGGUAAAUAUUCAUUUUACUCUGUAACUGUUAUGCUUUUCCUUUUUUUCUUUAUUAAUGUAGACUGCCUAGAGUUGUUUCCCAGUUUAUAGGUGAGAGCUGGGAGGACAUGCUGCAAAAAUUGAUAAUCACCAGUUCAUCAGGUAUUGCCUGGAAUACAUCUGGAAAUUGGGGCAUUGCUGAAAAAUUUUCCACAUAUGUGAAUUUUUUUUUUCCCUUAUUCAUUUUGAUAUUCUAACCAACUUCUGUAGCAUGGGUGAUAUGUGUCAACUUUUCUGGUUACAUUGUCUUAUGUGCUGAUGCUGCUUCCUUUCGAGCAUAAACAACAGGAUUGCAGAAAUAGUCUUUUGGUCAUCGCAUUAUUGGUGUUGCUAUAUCAGCAUGCGAGUUCUUCUGUCCUUUGACACUUUUUUUUCACACUAGCCCCAUAGCUCUACCAGUUUCCUUUUCUGAAAUAAUUCUGAUUUAUCGUGUUAUUCACUCUAAUUUGUUAGUUGAAUUGUUGAAGUGAUUGUUGCAAGUGCAAUAGGACUUGAUGAAAUCUCAGAAAUGGGGAAUGUGUAUAGAUGGACUGCUCUAGCUUGGUCAUGACACAGUGGAGCUACCCGUAAGCUACAGAUAGUAAUACCAGAGGGCAAAGAAAUUCACCACAGGUAUGUGUUGAAGAGGGAGUUAAAGCUAAGUAGGCAGGAACAAGUUGUGUGCCAUUGGGCAAAAGCAGCCCAGUACGUUGGUAUUAUGUUAUUUGGGUUUCUUCAAGUCUUGGAUAGGUCAAGCUGUUUAGGCAGAUUUUGAAGUCCUAUAAGUUUCUUGGGUUUCAGUGGAGAAGGGGAAAUUCCCUAGGAACAGCAAUGUCGAAGUUUAAACUAUUCUUUUAUAAUGUGUGCUCUUCUCAAUGUAAGACAUAUUAAAUUGGACAUAUUUUAAUUCUCAAAAUCUGUGCAAAUAUCCUUAUAAUAAGAAAAACUAAGAAUUUUUUGAACCAUAUAAUUAUUGCAAUUCAGUUUUAUAGUAUACUUUCAAUUAUUGAACUAAAGAUCCAACCUUUCUUUCUGAAUAAUACCUUUUAUUUUCAUUUUUAUUUUUGGGCCCCCUCAGAGAGGUUGGGGGGGGGUGAUGAAGUGAAAAAUCAUACCAAAAUGGAAAUCAAUCCAAUCCAAACUGUAAAGUGAUAUUUCUUUGAUCAAUCAGUUAUUUUUGCUUAAUUGAAACUCAGCUAUGUCAAUUCACUAGAUUUACACUAUUUUUUGAUAAAGGAAUUGAGAGCUAGCAUAAAAUAUGUUGCAUGGAGCAACAUUCCUUCAUUUAACGGUUGAACAUGUCUGAAAUUACCUCUUAGGUGGUGUUUCAUAUGGAUUGAUCACCCCAAGAUCAACGAUGAUAUGGGCAGAGAUGAUGAGAUCCCCAAGCUGCAUCCUAGUGAUCUUAUAUAGCAAUGAUCCCAAAUCACCUCCACUCCUAAAAAUGCGACCCAUCCCGAUGAUAUUAAAACCGUCUUUGACGACACGUUUUUAGGAUCACUGCAGGGUAGUGAUUCGGGCUGAUAUUUGGGGACAAAAAUGCCCCUCAGUCUAGGAAGAAAACUUGUUUCCAAAAAUGCCUAUCUUUGGAAAAAUGCUGUUCUAGCUGGGAAGGGUUUGAUAAUUCCAUUUUAAGAAAUUCUAGUUGAGAAAGUUUGAUAAUCCCUUUGGGUUACUUGGAUAGAUUUUGAUUCAUCUCUGGUCUUUUUAAAUUGGUCUAGAAUAGUAGGUUUUAUUAAUUUGAUUUAUGUUCAUGUAUGUUUUCCUAUGAUUUAUUUGAGUAUUCCAUUUAAUAGUUUUAAAAUAUAAUAUAUCAGGGUAGUUUUGGUUUGACAUGGUCAGUGAUCUUGGAUUUUCAUAGUAUACCAAAUAGGUUAAUCAUGGAUGCUCAGGGAUUUUAAUCAAAAUAUAACAUAUCAAAUGCGGUGAUCUUAAAUCAUUAGGAAUUAGAUUACUCGGGAUGGGGAUCACUGGUGAUGUAAGAUCACCAUAGUGAUCCCAUUUGGGUCACCAAAAGCUACCUUAGUCUAUUUCUACCCUUCCUUAGAACAUGCACACAUGAAGAGAGAAAUGCCCAUAAGUUUUCAUACUUGAAGAAAAUUGGUGAGUGCUGAAUUUUACAUGUUUACAACCAUCCAUCAUAUACCCAGAUAACUAUGGUAUUUGCCUAAUGUUCCUUUUGGUUUUGUCUUCUGCCAUGUUAUUACAGUCAGCACUGAAUGACUAAGGGCCUUCUUGGCAUUGCUUUUUGUUUUUAUGUUUAAAGACAAUUAUAAAAACUGAGUCAAAAAACUUGUUUGGAUAUUAUUGUUUUUAUUUUCUAUUUUUCAAAAGUGAUUUUUAUUCUGUAGAAAAUUGAAAGGAAUAAAUCCUUACUUUUAAAUGAAAGGAAUAAAUCCUUACUUUUAAUAUUCUCAAAAACAACAAACUCACUUGUUUUACUAUAACUACCAUUACUGCCUCCACCUCUGCUACACUACACCGUGUUCACCAUCACCUCCACCUUGGUCACCAUGAUCGUUGUCAAUAGCACUUUUGCCACGUAGACUGUGCUGUUGCCACGAACAUUGCUGCCAUUGCUGCUGCCACCUCCAUCCUAGUAGUACUGCCAUCGCCAUGUCUUUGCUAUAGCACGACCAUUACAGUCGUUGCGACCACUGUUAUCACCACCAUUGCUCCCACUAUCACCAUUGUAGCUCCCUCUGCUGCCACUACCACUGCCUCUGCUACUACACCAUAUUUAUGUUCUUGAAAGUAUUUGACCAUACACAACAUGUUACCAGAAAAAGUAUUUAUUUUUUUGUUUCUGAAAAUAGAAAAAUGACAGUGAUGCCAAAUUGGCACCUAAAUCUGUUAUUUUUCUGUUUUCUAGAACUGUUUGGUUGGCUAAAGACAUGAAAACAUUGAAAAAGAAUGUGGAGUGGAACUAUAAAUUGGAUGCAUUUAUUUUGAAGAUCAAGCUCAGAAACCUCUAAAUCUUUUUUCCUUGUUUUCUUUCUUUCUUUCUUUCUUGGGAAGAGAUACAUAUAAAGUGCUGACUUUGAAGUUCCUUUUCUGUGGGCUUUAGAGGCAAAUUCAUGCAUUUUGUAAAUGUUCAAUUUUGGAUUAAAUGGCAUAGUUAUUCAUUUUGGAUUCAGAGAGCAUACAUUUGAAGUACAAAGCCCACAAGACACAAAAGACUUGAGUGUGUUCCAUAAAAUUGGCAGGAAAGGUAAUAAGUUUGAGGAAGAAACUGUCGUUAGAGAAGGGGAGCAGCCAUUGUAGGGGAGAGCGGUUUUUGUAUACGAGUUUCAUUUAUUUACUUGUAUGGUUGAUUUUCAUGUAUUCUUAUUAUUCAAGUUUUGUUAUAAGAAUCAAAUGGCUUUUUGCCAUAAAAAAAUAAUAGCUUAAACCUUUUCAACGUUAAAUACUCUUGUUUUGUAGCAUAUGUUUUAUUGGUGGAAUUAAAUUUAAAAAAAAUUAUUUGAUAUCCACUUCAGUUUUCUUCUCUCGUACAUAUCAGAUUCGUUGGUAUACACUUCAUACUUCUUUCAACUAUGUGUAUUCCCAUAGUUGUUCUCCUUGGCAUUAUCUUAUAUCUUUUUGACAUAAUACUUUCAGCUACGUGCUUUGCCUGUGGAUCCAUUGUACUUCUGAUGAUAUCACAACCGUGUGAGAAGAAUGUAUAACUUCAUUGAAAUGGUGGUCUGUUUUUCUUAUUAUUUGCAUUUCUUGGCAUAAGCUUGGCUCCUGGGCAGACGAUUUACGCAUUAUAGUAUCUUUUCUAAUUUUGGGAUGAUAACACAUUAGAGUAUCGUAGGUUUCGGUUAUGUAAGACUGUUAAUGUUUUCUAUGUUGUGCUCAAAAGUAUUCAGUAUUAUUACUUUUCAACCGCAGUAUUUGGAAGUAGAAUAAUUACGUUUCAUCAUAAAUUGGUUUGAAUUAAGUGUAGAAGUGCAAUGCAAUAUUGAAGAGAUUUGUACUAUAUGAGCUGGGAAGUUUUAUUUGCAAUGUUUAGAAAUAUGGUUUCUAUAUUCAUCAAACCGAGUUUUCAGCUUUCAGAGUUUUGGUCAUUGUGAUGGUCUGAAAUAUGGUUUUGUUAUUUUGGCAAAAGAGUACUAAAAGCCCGGAACAUAUCUAGAAAAGAGAAAUUGUUGAAGUUGAAGAAAAACAAAUCAACAAACAAAUUUAACAUCAAUUUACUACAUAUUUUAUUGAUUGCGAUUCCAGGGUGUAGAGUUGCAAUGUUUCUACUUUGCAACCUUUUAAAAAAGUAUAUAAUUUUAAGAUGUUAUAUGCCACAGUGUUUCAAAAUAUAACAUUACUUUCUCGUGAUAAUCUGCAUGUCUAUCAUAUUUGUGCAGUAGGAUAGGAUAGCCAUACAAAUGUUAGAAAAUAUACUUAUUCCCUAAAAGCCAAAUAGCAGGUUGCUAAUGGCUUUAUGUUGUCAUAAGAAAACUGAUUGAAUAUGAAAAGGAAAAUUCAUUUUUCAAUUUUUUUUGUUUUCCACACAUCCUCCAACUUUGAGAAAGGAUAAAAAGCCCCUACAUUUCAGAUAAGUUGAAGUUUCAUGAUACACUUUGGUUUGGUUACCUUGUAAGUGACCUAAAGUAAGUUCUGGGUUGAAAAAAUGCUAAAGUGACUUUAGUUGGUGGUGCCCUGAAGUCACUUUUGCAAGGUGGAUACCCAUCCACUCACUUAUGGCAACCAAAAAUUCUUUGGCUUAUGUACUUUCAAAUAUUUUCUCUUGACAAUAAUGAGUCAGAUUCCCCAACAAAUGAGAACGAAACAGUCCUUUUUCAAGGAUAAUAUAUUGUUCCCUCUUUAACAACUUUCCUCACAAUUAAAUUUUCUUUGCAAUGACAUUCCCAUUGUUUUCAUAUGUUAUCAGUCAAAGCUCCCAUAUCUGAGCUUGACCUUGGGAAAAUGCUUCCCACUUUAAGGAAAUAAAGAAAUAGAAAAAUCAGCUUAUAUUGCUUAUGUAUGUUAAUUUAGUUGGCCCCAUGUGUCAGUUUUAGAUGAAACUCUAAAACUGACUUGAUAUUUCUAGCUCUAGCCAAAGCUGAAAUGCCUUGCUUUUGGGUUUUGGAGUUGUGUGUGAAACUUAUAUUUGAAGGGGAUGAUUUGUUGGACUUUUUAAGUGAAUGUGCAAUGUGCCCUGCCUCUUUAAGGAACUGAAGAAUUAAAUGUUCUUUGAUGCACUUCAAUAACAUUAUAUCAAACUCUGUAGCCAAGCCACUGAUAUGCAUAUCCUUGUAUAAUCUGUGAAGGCGCAAGACUAUAUCUAUUAUUACUUUAUAAUUAAAAUAGGAAAAAUCACUUUAUCAAUAAACGGCUCAUUCACUUCCACACAAUUAUUUCCAAUUAUUAUAUAUUCUUGACAAAUUGUUUUGGGACAAAAAAAAUGUUCCAUACAAGGCACAGUUGAAGCUUGCCUUGCCUCAUGCCUGAGCGUGAGGCUUCUGGAAAUGCAAAGUCUCUGGGGUGAGGCUUUGUAAAAUGAGGCAUUUGACAUCAAGCAACAAAGGAUACACAUCACACCAUCAAGUCCAUCAUGUAUGGGAGGCGUACAUGUUAUGUUUUUCUUUUGACUUCCACUGCCAAUAGAAACUAUUCAUGUCAUAUAUCUCAUCUGCAUAUACUCAGUUGCCAAAUUUAGGUUUGGUGGGACUAGGAAAUGCUUUUUUUUUUUUUUUUUUUUGGUACAAUAGGAAAUGCAUCAAUUACCAAUCUUUGUUCACAUCUGGUAUGUGUAAUUCUGAUUAUGUUUUCUGAUCAAGUACAAAAAUGAUGCCUAUGCAUUUAACAUUGUCUAUUGUCAUGUUAGUCUUUUUAGAUUUAUAAACCUUCAAGGAAAAUUUAUGAGCCCUUUUUCUUGGCUCAUUGAGAGGUCAAAAUCCCUUGCCUUUUUGAAUGAUUCGUAUUUCAAUAAACAGAUCUUUUUACAUGGACAACAUUGUUAAGAAAAGGACGUUGCAAGUCAGAUUUAGCUAUGGGGAGCAUUUGAGUAUUUUGAAUCUUUUCAAUUGUAUUUAUGCUUGAUUGGAAACAUGUCUAGUUGAGUCACUUUGGUCAAGUUUUAGAGUUUUUCGGUUGUUUUCUUUGGCUUUACUUUGUCUAGGAGAUGAAUUUAGUGUCUAAAUUAACUCAUCAUCUUUCCUCUUUCACAAAAUUCUUUCCAGCCAAGGCAGAUAGCCCUACUAGGCAAUUGUAAAUCUGGGUGCUGUGGCAUGGCCUGAUGGUCCUCUUAUUUAAAGUUUAACUGGAACCCUUUUUUAGGGCAUUUAUAGUAAGGUGACAAUCUGUUCUAGAACGUUAUUAUUUCCUUUAUCAAACCUUGGUGACCUAAAGUUGUGCUUUAUAGCUGUGUCUCAUAUUGAAAGAAAAAUGCUUGGAUGAUAAUAAGGUAGGUUAGGAGUUCUAUAUGAGAUAUGUGACCCUAUAUUAUGGUGGAUAUGCCUAUCAGUAUUUCUGUGUCUGAUAGGCGUGUUUAAUUUUUGUCCAUGUUUAUUUGUAGAACACCGGGACAUCCACACAAUUAUGUAGAUAUUUCUUAUGCAUCUAUCUGCACAGUAUCUAGAAUUUUCUUGUGCAUCUAUGUCCAUGACUUAUAUUUGUCUCCAUUGACAUUUAUUUACAUGGUUACUUCAUCAUACUUUCAAACAGGAUUACAUAUGCAACUUCUACUCUUAGUGGAUGUCAUGGACAGUCAGCACUAGGCCUGUGUCUACUCUAUGCUUGUGAACUUGCUAUUUGACAAUAUAAUGUUUGAUUUUGAAGAUGAUUCACUUUAGUCUUAAAUGCUAGAUUGAUGAGAAAAGUAUGGUAGAUGAGGGCCUAGUUUUUAGAACUGACACAGAGUGCAUGGUCCCAAUCAAAAAAGAAAAGAACACUUGCUGUAUGGGUUGCAUUUUUCAUGGAGUUUGAGAAAAAUAAGGUUUUAGUAGAUACGGAUGACCUAAAGAUAUUGCAAUGUAUUCAUUACCAUUAUUUCAGAUUUGUCAUACAUGAAAACAAACAAAUACUUUACAUAUUCAAGAUGGAUGAAUGUAGACGUGCCCGUGGUAUGUUGAGAUGCAUGAAGGAAGGGAGUGUAGUAGGAUAUGCUAUAUAUAUAUAUUAUUGUGGGGCGAUAUACAAGUCUCAAACUAAGGAUUAAUUUGUUGUGUCUGUUGGUCUGGAGGUGCUAUGAUGGUGUGCCUCGACAGAAUAUUACAUUGCAUGCCAAAGCCAUUACUUGUGUGCUAGUUGUGCCAGCAUAUGCCAAGCGUUGGCCUGGCACAGGCACAUCUGCAGAAGGCACUUGAUUCUAGGGAUCAUAUCGUUAGCCUGUCACUGCCAUGAUAUCUGCUGUGCCUUUCCAUGCUAGUGCUUGGCAUACUUGGUAUGCACGUAGCCAAUAUGUCAGGACCUGAAUUUGCAUCGAUUAUAUUUACAUUAAGUGUAUUUGUUUACGUUUCAAAAGGAAAAAAGACUUGUGUGGAUGUUAAAAGUAGGGAAUGACGUUGAAGUAUGAGUUCAUUGGAGGAGUUAUAGCAUUUGCAACGAGAAUGAGAUGGUAGAGCUUGUUGUUUGGUUUUUGGCUUAUGCAAUGAAGCUACAUGGAGACGUCAGGUUAAGGAAUCGCAUUUGUUUUCUUAGGUGGAAUCUAUGAUGAGAGAUCUGAUAGUAACUUGCAGUGACUAAAGAUACAGUCUUUGUUAGAAAUGAUUAGUCAAUAAUUUGGAAUUCAGUAAAGCUAAUGGAGAGAGUAAGGAUUGGGCAUGGUAAUUAUGUCAUAGAGUGCGCUUGUGUAGAUGUUUGUUCUUUGUUGUUGCUUGCUGUCCCUUGUUUUGUUUAUUUUUUGUUUAACAUUUGUCAGGGACGGUUAUAUUUUUCCCUUUUCUCGGGAGUAUUUCAGGUUUUGUGGUUGUUUUUUGAAUACAGGUAAUAUAAUUAUGAAUGAAUGCUACAAAUAUUUUUGUAAAAUUUAUCUUUGGCUCUGAUAUCCAUUAUUACAUAUGAUUGUAGGGAUUGCCUUCGGCCACCAAUUGCUGCUCUUUAGCAGAUUUUCAAUAUCGCAUAUCAGAGUUGAAGAGAGUGUUUGAUUGUGCAUCCUGCAUAUAAUUUAUCUAUUGAACAUUGAUUUUGUCAGCCCCGUAGCUAAAAGUUGAUUUACGUCAUCUUAUGUACCUUGGAAUUACUUAUUUUUCUGAAAUGAUAUUUUGUUAUGCA